CUUUCGUUCCCCCCUCGAAACCCUAGCUUUAUAUGUUUUCACUGAGGCUACUACCAUCUUCCUCCAUUUUCUGAAACUCCGAGAUCUGACUUUGUUAUGGCGCCAAAGAAAGAAAAGGCUCCUCCACCUUCUUCGAAGCCUGCCAAAUCUGGCGGAGGAAAACAGAAAAAGAAGAAAUGGAGCAAAGGUAAGCAAAAGGAGAAGGUGAACAACAUGGUUCUGUUUGACCAAGGAACUUAUGAUAAGCUUCUUUUGGAGGUUCCCAAGUACAAGCUUAUUACUCCUUCAAUCCUAUCAGACAGGCUGAGGGUCAAUGGGUCAUUAGCACGUCGAGCAAUCAAGGAUUUGAUGGCGAGAGGUUCCAUUAGGAUGAUAUCUGCUCAUGCCAGCCAACAGAUUUACACCAGGGCCACCAAUCACUAGUAGCCAGAAUGUACUAUUUUUCUUUGAACUAACAAAAGAUAGUUAUUCCCCUUUGAUUUGUUUUCUUUUUCUAUAAAACAUUGUUGAGAAAAUUGGCUCUGUUUUUGUUUUUAGCUACUGGAAUGUGUAGAUCACCACUUUCUACCCAAUUUCUGAGUCAAUGCAUGUCAUUGUGAUAUCAAUUCUUAUAUUAUUGUUUUACUGAAUUGUUUUCCAUA